GGGGUCCGGGCCGCGCGCGGGUGGCGCGGCGGAGGGGGAAGGGGGCCCGCGCCUCGGGUAAGGAGGGGGAAGCGAGACCGCGAGGCACCGCGGCCGCGAGAGGGAGACGGAGAGAGAGAGAGAGAGGUAAGAAAGCAGCUUCUCUGGCAGUAUCCACGUGUUCAGUGCAGUAGCGCGUUAUGACCCGGAUGUUAGAUAGUAACUGCAGUUUCGCGAGAACCAGCAUUCCCGGAUGUCCGAUUUAACUCGCGCAACUGUUGGCCGCGGUCGCCGAUAGACCACCGAGCGUCGUAACAUGUUCAAUCGGAUAGAUGCCAGUAAAUCGACGAAAGGUGCGAGUAAACUGCGAAGAGACUUGAUCAAUGCAGAAAUCGCCAACCUUCGGGAUCUUUUGCCGCUGCCGCCCUCGACCAGACAAAGACUCUCGCAGCUUCAGCUUAUGGCUCUGGUUUGCGUCUUCCUGAGGAAAGCCAACUACUUCCAACAAGCAUUGAAAAGCAGCUCGUUGGACUCGGCGUACACCCCGAUGCCCAACAUAGGCUUUUCCAAGGCCAUGUCCGGAUUUAUAAUGAUGAUGACCCAGCAUGGGAAGCUGCUGUACAUCUCGGAGAACGCCGCGGAGUACCUUGGCCACUCCAUGGAGGAUCUUUUGAUUCACGGCGACAGCGUGUACGACGUCAUCGACAAAGAAGAUCACGCGGUCGUACAGAAUCAGUUGUCCAGAAGCAGUCUCGUGCAGAGCGAUCGGCGACUGUUUCUCUGCCGAAUCAACGUGUCCAGGAACUCUCGACGGCAGCUACGUUUCGGAGACCAGAAGGUCGUUCUCGUCGAAGGCCACUACCUGCCGUUCGUUCCCCUGUGCAAUCGCAACGACUCCGUCUUCUUGGCGUCCUGUACGCCGGUGGUCUUGCCGGAGACGAGGGAGAGCAUUGUGCAGGGGGCGACCAAUAUUUUCACGACGAUUCAUUCGAUGGACAUGAAAUACCUUCACAUCGACAAAACGGCCGAAUGUUACAUGGAGUACAGCCGGUCGGAACUCGUCGGCGUCUCUUGGUACAACCUUUUACACUGGGACUGCAUCCGAACGGCUUAUUGCAAGCACCAAACGGUUAUACAGUCCGACCAGGAACGAUCGUGCACCGCCUUGUUGAAGCUGCAAUGUCGCUCGGGGGGAUGGUUCUGGGUUCACUGCAUCCUGCAGGCUAAGGACACCUCCGAGGAGUGCCAACACCCCAUUAUCGUGUGCACCAAUCAAGUCCUGAGCGAGAGAGAAGCGGAAGUGAUGCGCUCGAGCUCGUGGUUCUACCAGUACUCGGUGCAGCCGAAGUACGCCUACGGGGUUUGCGCGGCCGGUCAGAGUCGGGCCGUUUCCUACGGGCACGAGUACAAACGCUACGGCCCUCCGAGUCUAGACGAAUCCUCGACCAACUGCCAGACAGCGCCGGCCGACGACUCCCAGCGGCCAAGCGCGCGGCUGUCCCGCGGCGACGCCGAGCCCGUCGACAUGUCCAUCAACAGCGCGGACCCCGACAACCGGUCGGUCAACCCGCUGAGCCACUUGCUCACCUUUGGAUUCAACUAUCACAAGUCGCUGAGGACCCUGACCCAGGCCACGCACAGAACCAAGUAUCCCCAGCUGCCCGGUCAGCCGUUCGCGGACGAGGUGCCGCACAAGUACGACAUCGUCGACCUGGACAAGCGACGCGGCGAUUGCCCCGCAGAGGCGGAAGAGGCGGGAGAGGCGGAAGAGGCGGAAGAGGCGGAAGAGGCGGAAGAGUCGUGUCCGCAGAGAAGGGUCCCGCCGUUGAAACAGGCGGUCUCCGUCGAGCAGUGGAGCACCGGCGCCGUCUGGUCGGACGGCUUGCACAGGAUCCCGGACGCGACGUCGGCACCGGACUCGGACCUGCAGACGCUCGUCUUCAACCUGGACUGGACCGCCGGCGAGCAGCACCUUCCCAAUCUCAAGAUCUCCCUGAGGAACUCGAGCCAGGACUCGAGAACUAGUCAAGAGGUCGAGCCCGUAACGCGGCGCACGAGAGAAAAGUGCGACUCCGAGGACGAGUCCAGCGAUCCGUCCAAGUCGGACUGCAGGGAACUCUGCCCUUGAGUCGAUGCCGUCCCCUUCCUUUUCGACGCGAGUACUCCUCCGCGGGUAUUGAAAGAGCUGUAAAUAGUCGAUGGCGGAUCGCUCCCUCCGUCGCGGACGUCACUCCCCGCGACACUGGAGAACGUCAAAUUCGGCCCGAGGUUCUCGUAUAGGGAGAUGGGCCGGGUCCUUUCCUCUCCUCGGGAAGGAUCUCCUAGGGUUCUCCUCGUCUCGCACCUUAGAGGCAUUCGAGGGGAAUCUAGCUUCAGGUAAAAGGUCUUCGUGACCCUCUUCCUAACGCGCGGGUAGAAGUAGGACGGGGUAUUUCGGAGUUAAGCGCGUUACUCGGUGCUCGGGAGGGGUAUGCGAUCGAGGAAACGUCAUUGUGCGCACAAGACUGACUUUUAACCCCUAGCAAUUCGCCUUCGGGAGUACCGAAGCACGAGUACUCGGCCAAGAGUACUUUAGCCGAAAAAUUGGUUCCGCUAGAGUAGACGCGUCAUCAUUUUAUAAUUACGCAGCCAAGCCAAGCGUAAAUUACGAUGCGAACGGCAUAAACUACCCACCUAGCAGUUCCCUCGUCUGCGAUGACUGUAUUAUUAAGCUUAAGAAGGAAAAACGAUAGUACAAACCAAGGACUAGAACGGACUAGGGUUCUACCUUGAUCCUUUGGAGAAAAUUAGACCCCCUUGCGCUCGUUCGAUAGUUUCUUUUAUCGAAAACCGGUGGAAGCGAAUCCCUGAGAAACGAUUUCUCAACGGCCGGUUAAUAUUUAUUUCGAGUGCGCUUCCUACCCCGCUGUACGUCAUACGCUUAGCGGUCGGUCGGUG